GCAAGGUGCCCAGGCUGAGUCAACGUCCCCAGCGAGGAGCCCAAGCACUGCUGUGCAAGAGAAGAGGCACGGGGGAGCACUGUAAAUCUGUUGCCAAGAAGAGGAGCAAUGAAUUCCUCAUUUCACCUGCUUUUCUUGGACCUCAACCUGAAUUCCACAGAAAGCAACUUUUCAGAACCAGAUGUCAAGAACAAGUCUUCACCAUGCAAAGAGAUGGGCAUUGCUGUUGAAGUGUUUCUGACUCUGGGUCUCAUCAGCCUCUUGGAGAACAUCUUGGUCAUAGGUGCCAUAGUGAAGAACAAGAACUUGCACUCCCCCAUGUAUUUCUUUGUGUGUAGUUUAGCAGUAGCUGACAUGCUAGUGAGCAUGUCUAACACAUGGGAGACCAUCACCAUAUACUUAAUAAAUAAUAAGCACCUGGUGAUAGCAGAUGCCUUUGUGCGUCACAUUGACAAUGUAUUUGAUUCCAUGAUCUGCAUUUCUGUGGUGGCCUCCAUGUGCAGUUUGCUGGCUAUUGCAGUGGAUAGGUAUGUCACCAUCUUCUAUGCUCUGCGCUAUCACCACAUCAUGACAGCAAAGCGUUCUGGAGUGAUUAUCAUGUGUAUCUGGACCUUUUGCACAGGUUGUGGCAUUGUUUUCAUCAUUUACUAUGAAUCUACUUAUGUAAUCGUUUGCCUCAUCUCCAUGUUCUUCACUAUGUUAUUCCUCAUGGUGUCUCUGUAUAUACACAUGUUCCUCCUGGCCCGGACUCAUGUCAGGCAGAUAGCAGCUCUGCGUGGAUACAGCUCUGUGCGGCAAAUGACCAGCAUGAAAGGUGCUGUCACCCUGACCAUGCUGCUGGGCAUUUUCAUUGUGUGCUGGGCUCCAUUCUUUCUCCAUCUCAUUUUGAUGAUUUCUUGCCCCCAGAACCUCUACUGUUCUUGCUUUAUGUCUUACUUUAAUAUGUACCUCAUACUCAUCAUGUGUAAUUCUGUGAUUGAUCCUCUGAUAUAUGCUUUCCGCAGCCAGGAGAUGAGGAAGUCCUUUAAAGAGAUUAUUUGUUGCCAUGGUUUCAGAAUACCCUGUAGGUUCCCUGGCAGAUAUUAAACAAAAAGUUCUUCUCUC